AGCACAAAGAUUUCGCAUCCCCCACAGCGGCCGCAUGGAUCGGAGCAGCUAGCUAGCUGAUGCUACAAGCAGCAGGCAGCAGGCAGCAGCAGCAGCUAGCAAGGACGAAGGGAAAGGCCUCAGCUCCUGACAGAGUGUCAUGUCGCCGGGCGGCGAGUAGCGCCCCGGCAGCCUCUAGGGUUUCCGCAUCUGCGCGCAGCUAUGCGCUUGUCGCUGCCCGCGGCAUAUCUCAUGUAAUAAUGCGCGCGGCCGGGGGUGCGUGGGAGAAUGAAGGGAGCAGCUCGGUCGAUCCAGCAGCUAGGGUUUGGUGGUGCGAGCUGCUGCGUGCUGAGGUGGCCGCUACACACCCGCUAGUAUGUGUGGCCGUGCUUGCUCUGUGCAUCAGCCGCAAAAGCGAGUGCGUGAGGGAUUAGCUAGCUAGGGCACAUUACAUUCGUCAUCUAUAUAUCACCAUGGGGUCCGGAGGGUCUAUAUAUUUGUUCUUGCCAAGCACCUUCAACCUCACUCGCUCACUCCAUCUUCUUCCUCUCUCGAUCGUUCAUUCAUUCCCUAUCAUUGUUCAUCAUUCAUAUGCGGCGUGAAUGGCGGAGAUGAUGAUGAGCUUGUGUCUUGGCAGCAGCAGGGGCAUGCAUGUGCCGAUCGAUGGAGCUGAUGAUGAGCCAUUAGUAUGUAAUGGCGGCGGCAGGCAGGAGAGAACGAAAGGAGGUGAAAAGUUCUAGGGAAUAUGCCUGGCUCCCUGUAUGCCACUCGCACGGCUACCACCUGGAUCGGAGAUUUUGUUGAUCGAUCGAUCGGUGGCCGCUGCGGCUGGCGUGCGAGGUGCCAAGCAUGGCCCUCAUCUCUCUCUCUCUAACAUUUCUCUUCGUCUUUCCGUGCAUUCGCACAGUCUCACAUGCUUUUUUAGCACAAUACAUUCAAGCUCAAUUUAACCACUCCUUUUUUGUACUAUUUUAUUAGUUCACAGAAUUGUAUUCCGUUCAUGGUGGGCUCAAAGCCAUUGGGGUUUCAUAGGUUUCUCUAACAUAGCGGACCAUCUUUAAUUUUGUGGGUAUUAUAUUGACAUGACUCUCUUUUAUCAUCGUAUGAAGCAUUCAUGGUAUAUACAAAAUUAUUUGAAUUUGAUACUGAUUAUAUUCAAUUUUGACCUGCUACAUAUACUAUUACCAAGCAACUUACUUUCAUUUAUCCAAUUUCUUAUGUACUCCUAUAUCAGCUAUGAUUCAAGUGCUUUGAGCCCUGAAGUUCGAAUAGUCGUUGUCUUGUACAUAUAUAUUUAAUUUGUGCAUUUCAUAAAAAAAGAUUGCAUUUCCUCCAUUUCAAAUUAUAGGUCGUUUUUUAUUUUUUUAGAUAUAUCAUUUUUGCUAUUCAUCUAGGUAUACCUUAUAUCUAGAUAUACAUAUAUAGCAAAAACUAUGUAUUCAGAAAUACCAAAACUAUUUAGUAUUAGCCUAUAUGUGGUGUUCUUUUUUCUAUAAAAUUCAUGGUUCAUGUGUGUUUGUACUCAUAUAUAUCCAAGUAAUCAUAGACCUUUUUCUCCUUUUAUAAGCGUAUAUUUUCUUGAAGUGGCGUGCAAGACAUUUGCUAUAGUGACGUAUACAGCAGGCCUGUAGUAUUUGCUGUAUUGUAAAGCUGUCAUAGCUAGCUAGCUAUGUCUAAAUAUCUACCGAUGUACAUGAGUAUGCAGCUAGCCCUGAGUUUGAGCCUUCCACAAUAAAAAAAGAAUGUAUUAUUCAGUGGCCUUAUUCUUUUAUCAAAAUCUCAAUCAUGUCGCAAAAGCAAGCAAGAUAAACAGCGGCGUAGCGUUUGCAUGGUCAACUGUGUACUGAGCAAUAACUCUUUUUAGUUUGCUCAUAGGGAUGUAAUGUAGUUGUGUCUAAGUAAUAAAUUUAGCUCUCUUUUCCCUAUAUAUUAAUCAGGUGUUUUUGGACCCGUAUCACUAUAUAUAACAAUGCUGCUAGUUUUCUUCAAAUGUACCUUCUCUUAUAGCUGAGAACAUCGAUCUUUGUUAAUCAAUCACACACAUGCAUGCAUGUAGUGUUGUACUGUAGGAAGCUGAUCUACUGUGUUGUGGCCUAGCUAGCUAGUUCAACCAAGUUUGAGCCAUAAACUCGCCAUUGAUACAUAAAAAUGUGAUUCAAUGAGAACGAGCAUACUCGGAUCGGAUCAUGUGAGGCCUUCUACGUACGUGUGUGUGUGUCUUAUUGCAUGCUAAUUCCUAGCAUGUCUUAUUACUGAUACAUCUCUCUCUCUCUCUCUCUCUCUCUCUCCUCUCUCUCUCUCUCUCUCUACGCGCGCGCUUGUUGUCUUGAGGGGUGCGUGAGAGUGGGCCAGUAGUACGUGUAUACUGUAUAAUAAUGUGGGUACGGUUGAGGCGCGUGCUUAUAGCUAGCUAGCUAGGGCUGAUUUCAUUUGCCGAGUAAUAAUCGAGCUGUGUGUAUUUUUGUUUUGCAAUGCAUGCAUGAUCUCCUCGCUCAGAUGUGACUGUAUCUUUGGUAUCGUCGAUCGAUCUCAUCUGCUAGCUGCUACCUGCCUGCCUGCCUAGGUUGUCGAGAGGCAGAUGUGCGUGCAUGCUGGCGGCGUUCGUUGCGCAGGCACUUUAAUUUGUACGAGUAGCGAGUGUACCCAAUAUAAUGCUGUAAAAAAAUCAUGCCAUGCAUUUCACCUCCGCUUACCGUACUGCACACAUCAAUUCUUGUCGUUUUGGUACCGAAAUUGAGCAGUUGCCAAAAUACAUACAUACAUACCCAGUACAUUCUGAACCUACUAAUGGUGCACACGCGGCCCCAGUUUAAUUUAAAUCUUUUAAACCGGUUCAGGAGACUGUUGGAGAUACUUAAGAAGCGUUAUUUUUGUCAUGACGGUUUUUAACAAGACCCAAAAACAAAUUAUUACGAUUUUUUUAAAAAAAAUUGUUGAAAGCUUCCGUGUUUUCAAUUAAGAAGGAAGCAGAGCUUGAACCCGGAUCUCCCUUUCAAAUCUUCAAGACGCUCUUCUCUAGCGUCGUCAGGGCUGUACAAGGUUGCCUACUUCUGUUUUCCAUACUAGGAAAAAAAACAAAGGGACGAAGCUACAAAAACUCAUCUGAAAAACGAUCAGAUCAUCAAACGGGACGGCCAGCAGGCAAAUAAACCCAAUUCGUCUGUCAGGAUGGGAACAGUACGGAUUACUGUAAAAAAAAUUUAUUAAUUAGUUUUCCGGUUCUUCGAACGUGGCCGCAACUGCCGCAUCUUGGGUGUGCUUGGAUUGCUACUAAAAUUUUGACAGGCCAAAGUUUUGGCUAGCCAAAUAUUGGGCAAAAAAAACUUGCCCAUAUUUUGGUAGGGUAAAUAUGAGAGGUGAAUAAAUUUUAGUACCCAACUAAAUAGUGGCCAAAAUUUUAGCUUGGCAAAAUUUUGAUAUGCCAAAAUUUUAGUAGCAAUCCAAGCAUGCCCCUUGUACAGGCACUUGCUUCCUAGUUUCUACUGUAAUGGAAAGGCAAAGCUCCUGCUUCGAAAAAAAAUGAAUUUCAGACGGAGACGAAGCCAGCCAGACCGUUUCUCUGAAAUGACCAUCGAGCCCCAAGCCGAUAAGAACAAAAAACCUGACUGCUCUCUCUCUCGGCCGCGCCGGCGGACAGGCCGCCGGAGAUGGGCUCCAGUUCGCCGCCCGGGCACCAGUCGCAUCCGGAAUCCGCAGGUGAUCUUUCCCGCAUCCUCCAUUGUUUGCAGAUGUGCAUCAUAGGAGUACGGUUUAACGAAAUGUAAGGAGAGGUGCUCUUGGGGCUUAGGGUUUCCGCCAAGAGUUUAAGCGACCCAGAAGAUUGGUCUAAUCUAAACAGGGCAAUGCUCGGUAUUGGAAGAGGGAUGCAGGGAGAGGGCGGGGGGGGGGGGGGGGGUUGAUUUUACUUCUAUUGAAGCAACAUUUUGGGGGUAGAGACAGGACGUACAGUAGACAAGUUCUUUUUUUUUAAAAAAAGGUCCGUUUUGAGUAACAAGAAACCAUAUUUCGAAUCGCAACAUAUCAUUUGCAUUAAAAAUUUCUUGUUCAGGAACUAUAGUGGGUUCCAGUUGAGCUUUGAGAUAACAUUUAUAUGGGGAUGGAACUUAUUCAAUGAGCUGCUGAUAGAAUGUUUCCUCAUAAAUCAUAAUGCCAUUUCGUUCAAAAAAUGAAAUCAUAAUCACAUUUUUGUGGGGAUCGAACUAAACAGAAGGAAACUCAAGAUAGGUGCGUAUAAGAAUCUGUGAAGGAUCGAUUUCCAUAUCAAUUCCCAAAUUUAGUGAAGUACGGCAGCUCCUACUCAGAUAGCAGCAGCAUGCAUUCCUAGUACUUUGCGUCAGUGGUUCAACAUGAAAACAGUGAGCUCUUGAUUAUAUUUUGUGGGUAGAAAAGUAGUGGGGGAACAUCUUAAUUGCAGUUUUUUUAACCUUAACCUGAACAACUACAAGCCUACAACACAACUGAGUGACCUAACUGUGCAGCUCAGCAUUUGUAUUUUUUUACUUUACUCCAGAUGACUGCAUUCCACUAGAGAAGAGGACAUGGCGUAAUGUCGAGAAACAUGCACAGGUAAUUCUUUUUUAAAAAAAAAUUUUAAGCAUAGCUUAAAUAAGUGCAUUUUGGUCAUUCCAACGAAAAGCACAUUUCUUUUUACUAUUAUUGAAUAGAAACAAUUAUAUCUUUUGGAUUGAUAGACUGCAGUAUUUAUAUCUUGAAGAAGGAAUUCCAUCGCGGUCCUUUGCUACCAUGGAAAGAACAAUUGUGCUAAUUUGUGGUUGAAAGUGAUGCUUUAAAUCAUAUUUGUAGUUCAGUUUCAACUCAGGCUUUAUGUAGGAACAAUCCUCGAGUUUAGGAUCUUAGUAGGAUAUGGUGAGGAUUAGAAAAUUCAACAAUCAUGCUAAUUUUUGGUUGAAAGUGUUGCUUUAAAUCAUAUUUGUUGUUCAGUUUCAUCUCAGGCUUUAUGUAGAAAUAAUCCUAGAGUCAAGGAUGUUAGUAGGAUAUGGUGAGGUCGGAAAAUUCAACCAUUAGGUAAAUCAGAUUCUUCAAAGGAUAUUGCAAAUAGGUAAAAAAAACUUAUUGCUCUAUGGGAAAAUUUAGUACUUGAAUGCAGUGUAAUUUCCUGAAUAAAACUGUGCAUUGGUAUAACUGCAAUAAAUUUGAUGCAAUUGAAGCAUAGUAGAACAAUAGUGAUGGUAUUUUCAACAUACAAAGGUUACCAGUGGCAUUAGGCUGUUUGGUUUGACACCCACGGAUGCCAAAUUUUGUUUACUGAGGUCGGGUUUGAAUGUGGCUUGAACUUUUCAAGCAGUUGAACCAAACAACCAUGAUGUAGAUAACAGCAACCUAAUGGUAAUUUCUUGUAGGAGAUGCAAUCAACUGUUCGGACUCUUUUUCUUGCUUGCAUUAUUGCAUUUGCUUGCUGAAUUGAUUGAACGGUAAAUCUUGAAGAACUAUGCUGGUUGUAGGAAAGUAUACUUAGUCUAUAUCUUCAGGAAUUUUAUUCUUCUCCAUAUAAGCUUACAGACCAGAGCUAGACAUUUGCCAAGAAAGAAGAAAAUUAUUUUGUGUCCAAUAGACAUUCUAGUUAAUGUACAUGUUAAGAAACAUGUGCUUUCUUCUGCAAAGGGAAAAAAAGAGAAACAUUCAUUUGCUAAAAUCACUUAAUACCUCUGAUUCUAUUUAUUUCUACAGAAUUCUGAUAGGAUCAGCGCACUCCCAGAUGAUAUUUUGAUCCAAAUACUUUCGCUAAUGACAGUAAGGGAGGCUGCAAUGACUGAUGUUCUUUCCCCCAGAUGGAGACACCUCUGGGAAAAUAUCGACCAUCUCAUCCUUGACAUGGAUACUUUUGGGAUGCAAGUGCCAGCAAAUUCAGAUUAUCGUGGAAACCCUGAUUUCUGGAAUUCAGAGGCUACAAAGUUUGUGAAUAAAGUAAAUGGAGUUUUGAGACACCAUAAAUGUAAUAGAAUCAAGAAAUUCGAAGUUAAGUUCCCAUUAUCCUCAGUCCAUGCUUCCGAGCUAGAUCGCUGGGUUUCAUUUGCAGUUAAAUCCGGUUCAGAAAUGGUUAACUUUAUCCUUUCUGAGUUCUGACUAUAUUGGCAUGGUGCGGGUAGCCACACAGCAUGCGGAGCGAUACUUGUUCCCUUUGGAGCAUUAUGUUGAUUUGAGAGGCUGCCAACUGCGCUAUAUGUUUCUAUCCACAUGCAGUUUAGAAACAGUGCCUGCAAACCUCAUUGGAUUCUCUUAUCUCCUUACCCUGAGACUCGACUUUGUGCAAGUGGUUGAUGAGGUUCUUCAGAGUAUUAUAUCCAGCUGUCGUGCUCUCCGUUGGUUACAUCUGGGAGCUUGUGAUAAGUUGAUCAAUCUGAGAACUUCUCAUGCAGAAUUGGUGGGCUUAGGAGUUUAUAACUGCUGGAGAUUACUAAGUAUCAGUAUUCAUGCUGAAAAGCUCAAGCGUUUCUCAUACAUGGGUGGUAAGCUCGUCAAUAUUGAGUAUGAAUGUGCACCAGUUCUUCGUGAACUUAACGCUCUUUCUCAGCGUGGUUGUGAGUUCCCUUUAGACUGCAUAGGUGUAUUCCCUAAACUAAAAAAGCUGAGGUUGCAGUUCACCUCUCGUUCACAGGUAUCUCCUAUACUACAGCUCAGUGGAAGAUUCACCGGUUUGAAGGAAAUUAUGUUGUGUCUCUUGACAUCUUGGAAAAAGAGCAUCCGUUUUGUCCCUUAUCUCCUUAAAGCUGCCUGUUUAGUAAAAAGACUGGAGCUUGAGGUCCAUGGCAACCUGCGUCCACCAAAAAAGCUGAAGAUUAGAUGGCCCAAGAAUUUUACACCUACAAGGCUCCACACUUUUAGGAUUGGAGGGUUUAGUGGGGAAUCUGAAAUGGUGCAACUUGUGUUCUUUCUGUUAAGUUGGUCACCUAUGUUGAAGACAAUAACAAUUUACACGCAUCGACGCUACAGCAAAUGGAUGAGGGAGGAGUCUGAAGAUGAUGCAAGAUGUGAAUAUGCAAGGGAGGUGGUGUCAACUCACUUGGCCCCUAAUGUUCCAUCUACCGUGAAGCUCAUCGUUAUGUGACUGUCGUGCUGUUGAUAAGAAUGUCACGGUCGUUACCAAUUAUCUAUGAAGUAGGGCAUUUUGAGCAUGUUAUGACAUGUUGUGAGAAACCAGUUUGCAAUGACUUUGGUACUAGCCGCAAUUAGUGAAGAAAUAUCCUGUAGCUGGUAGUUUGCUUUAAUUUGUGAUGCGGACAUCUCUUCGUGGAUGGAUUACUGUUGUGCUGAAGUGUUUAUUAGUGACACUAAUGUGGAAAAUGCCUCCCUGUGUACAGCUAUUAUGCAUACGUAAUAGCUUUGAAAAAAAAAUUAUGCAUACGCGAUAAAAUGUGCCUC